CUUCUCUUGCUUCUUGCACGACGAGAAGAGCAGCAUCCAAUCUACAACCGCAAUUCCACCAACCUACGACCAACACUCGUCGACUCUUCCAACUUGUCUAUUUCUCACACACGUUCUCCACAUCUUGGCUCGUCGAGAAAGGCCUGAGCAACGUCACAGUCUCACUCUCGAAAGUACCCCUCCAUCGAUCAGCACACAUCAUGUCGACUUCAUCACCAGUGCCGCGUUUCGGUUCGCCAGGCGGAACGUCGUCUUCAGCGCUACUCCUCGGUCGGCAGUUCAAGCAGAUGCAAAGCGACAAGGACAUUCCCGGCAUCAGCUGCGGCUUGGUCAACAACAGCGUCUUCGAGUGGGAGGUCAUGCUCAUGCUGCCAGACGAAAGCGGCGGUCUGUACGGCGGUGGCUGCUUCAGAUCUCUUCUGCAUUUUCCUUCAGAGUACCCACACAUGCCGCCGAAGAUGAAGUUUGUGACGCCCAUCUGGCAUCCGAAUAUCUAUGAAAGCGGCGAGGUCUGUAUCUCCAUCCUGCAUCCCCCUGAAGAAGACAAGUACGGCUACGAAUCCGCCGCCGAACGCUGGUCUCCCGUCCAAACCCCAGAGACCAUCCUGCUCUCCGUCAUCAGCAUGCUUUCAUCGCCAAACGACGAGUCACCUGCAAACAUUGAAGCCGGAAAGCAAUGGCGAGAGGACCCAGCUGCCUUCAAGAAAAAGGUCAGAAGAUGCGUCAGGGACUCCCAGGAGAGUGCUUGGGACUAGAGUUGCAUGCUCUGCUAUCAUGCUUAGGCGUAUCGUGUGAGCCUGGUGCUCUAAUGGGACAUUUCUCUUGCUCUUUUCUUGCCUUGUUCUUUGAUGCAUUGGCGUGGGUCUUUCGCUUCGUUUUUAUCUUUGUCUCGCUCUCACUCUUAUUAUGCCGUGUCUUUUGGUGGAUCAGCCAUGCAUUCUGUAGAUAGCUCCGGAAACCAUCAUUUCAACCUCUUUCGACACUUCUUC